AUGGAUGUAUGGCAAUCCAACCGUAUCACCACCGCCGUGGAAGCCCUCCGCCGCCCAUUGAAGCUUCACUUCAUUCCUUUUCUGGCUGCUGGUCACAUGACCCCGCUCUGCGAAAUGGCUCGCUCCUUCGCCGCAUAUGGCCACCACGUGACCAUCAUCACCACCGCCCUCAACGCCAUAUCCCUUGAAAACGACGUCCACCUUGACAUAGCCGCCGGUCACUGCAUCAACAUUCACACCCUCCAAUUCCCCUCCGAGGAAGUUGGCCUCCCCGACGGUGUCGAGAAUCUCACUGCCGUCACCGACAACGAUAGUCUCCUCAAAGUUUGUCGGGCCGCCACAUCACUGCUGCAAAAAAGCUUCGAGGACUUCGUCCUCCAAAACCCACCGGACUGUCUCGUCGCGGACUUCAUGUAUCCGUGGGCUCAUGACUUGGCGGCUCGCUUGGGGAUUCCCAGACUGGUUUUCAACAGCUUCUGCGUCUUCUCCGUCUGCGUGAUGGAGUCCAUCAAGAAGAAUCCGAUAACCGGACAGGACCCCCACGCGUUUACUAUCCCGGACCUUCCCCUUCCGAUCACCAUGAAUAUCCGACCGCCGAUACCUUUCUUGAAAGCUAUAGAUAAACCGCUGGAGCUCGAGGCAAAGAGCUACGGCCUGCUCGUGAACAACUUCGUCGAGCUCGACGGGGUGUUCGUCGAGCAUUACAACAAAAUCACCGGCCACAAGGUUUGGCAUAUCGGGCCGACGGCUCUUAUCCACAGAACAGAGGAAGAAACAGCAAAAGGAACCCACAAGAACGAGCCAUGCAUGAGUUGGCUCGAGUCGAGGAAACCCGACUCAGUGAUUUACAUUUGCUUCGGCAGUUCUGGCACUCUCCCUGAUAACCAACUCUACGAGAUUGCUUGUGCCAUGGAGUCCUGCGGUCACAGCUUUAUAUGGGUGGUUCCCGGAAAAGAUGAAGCAGAGAAGGAAGAAGAGAAGGAAAGGUGGCUGCCGAAAGGGUUCGAAGAGAGAAUGAUGAAAGAAGAAAAGGGACUGAUAUUAAGGGGUUGGGCCCCACAGGUGAAGAUAUUGGGCCACGCGGCGGUGGGAGGAUUCAUGACACACUGUGGGUGGAACUCGGUGGUGGAGAGCGUGGGGGCGGGGGUUCCGAUGGUGACGUGGCCGCUGCACAGCGACCAGUUCUACAACGAGAAGUUGGUGACGCAGGUGCAGGGUGUUGGGGUGGAGGUGGGCGUAGAGGAGUGGGGAGUGUGGGUGCUGGACGAGAGGAAGAAGACGGUGAAGAGAGACAGAAUAGAGAAGGCGGUGAGGAGGUUGAUGGACGAAGGAGAAGAAGGUGAGGAGAUGAGAAGACGCGCGAGAGAACUGGGCGAGAAGGCUCGAGAAGCUGUUAAGGAAGGAGGAUCAUCUCACGAGAACUUGAAGACACUGAUUCGUGAGCUCCAGGAAACUCGAGACUCUAAGCUCGUAAAUGCUACUUAA